CUGCUGCAGGAGCCGGGAAACCACCUGAUUUCCAUGACCUCUGCCAGCACGCAGAACCUCUCCGCUGACCGCGACGCGGGCGAGAGGCACAUUCUGCGCUACCUCUACGCCUGCUUCCAGAGGGCAAGAGAAGAGAUAACCAAGGUCCCGGAGAACCUGCUGCCCUUCGCCGUGCGCUGCCGGAACCUCACCGUGUCAAACACUCGCACCGUCCUGCUCACCCCGGAGAUUUACGUCAACCAGAACGUUUAUAAUCAAGGACCUGGACCUCUGCCAGAUCCUGCUCUACACAUACCUGCUGCAGCACCGCGAGUAACGGCCUUGUUUCCCUCGCCAGACUUUGAGGACGUGACCGAGUUUCUCGAGGAGGUCAUAGAAGCCUUAACGAUGGAUGAGGAGGUGCGGACGUUCGGGGAGGUCAUGGUUCCCGUGUUCGAUGUUCUGUUGGGCAGAAUCAAGGACCUGGACCUCUGCCAGAUCCUGCUCUACACAUACCUCGAUGUGCUGCUCUACUUCACAAAGCAGGAGGACACAGCAAAGGUUUUUGCAGGCUACAUCCAGCCCAAGGACCCCAGCAACGGACAGAUGUACCAGAAGACCUUGCUUGGCACCGUUCUGAACAUCUCCUGCUUGUUGAAGACCCCCGGCGUAGUGGAGAACCACGGCUAUUUUCUGAAUCCAUCCCGCUCCAGCCCGCAAGAGAUCAAAGUGCAGGAAUCCAACAUCCAUCAGUUUAUGGCCCAGUUCCACGAGAAGAUCUACCAGAUUCUGAAGAACCUGUUGCAGUGUUCUCCAGAGACGAAGCACAGGAUUCUCUCCUGGCUGGGAAACUGCCUCCACGCGAACGCGGGCCGCACCAAAAUUUGGGCUAACCAGAUGCCGGAGAUCUUCUUCCAGAUGUACGCCUCAGAUGCCUUUUUCCUCAACUUGGGAGCUGCCCUCCUGAAGCUGUGCCAGCCCUUCUGCAAACCAAAGUCUCCAAGGCUGCUGACCUUCAACCCCACUUACUGUGCCCUGAAGGAGCUGAACGAAGAGGAGAGGAGGAGUAAGAACGUACAUAUGAAAGGUUUGGAAAAAGAAACAUGCCUGAUACCCACUCUGAGCGAGCAAGAGCCGGAGUUUGCGAGCAGCUACAACCUGGUGACGGAAAACCUGGUCCUCACGCAGUACGCCCUUCACUUGGGAUUUCACAGGUUGCACGACCAGAUGGUAAAGAUAAACCAAAGCCUUCACCGCCUGCAGGUGGCAUGGCGAGAAGCUCAGCAGAGCUCCAGCCCUGCUGCCGACAGCCUCAGGGAGCAGUUCGAGCGCCUGAUGACCAUCUAUCUCUCCACCAAGACGGCGAUGACGGAGCCGCAGAUGCUGCAGAACUGCCUGAACCUGCAGGUGUCCAUGGCCGUUCUGCUGGUGCAGCUGGCCGUGGGGAACCACGGGACGGAGCCGCUGGAGCUGACCUUCCCGCUGCCGGAGGUGGAAAACAGCGCGUUGGCCUACGUGCCAGAGUUCUUUGCCGAUAAUCUGGGCGACUUCUUCAUUUUCCUGCGGCGUUUCGCUGACGACAUCUUGGAGACUUCCGCCGAUUCUCUGGAGCACGUCCUUCACUUCGUUACUGUUUUCAUGGGUGACGUGGAGAGGAUGAAAAAUCCUCACCUGCGAGCCAAGCUGGCAGAGGUCUUGGAAGCUGUGAUGCCUCACUUAGACCAAGCCCAGAACCCGCUCGUCUCGAGCGUGUUUCACCGCAAGCGAGUGUUCUGCUCUUACCGAAACGCCGCCCAUCUUGCCGAGGCGCUUAUCAAAGUCUUCGUGGACAUCGAGUUUACGGGUGACCCCCACCAGUUUGAACAGAAGUUCAACUACCGCCGUCCCAUGUAUCCCAUCCUGCGGUACAUGUGGGGCACGGACUCGUACCGGCACAGCAUAAAGGCCCUGGCUGACUACGCCUCGGAGAACCUGGAGGCAAUGAAUCCCCCUCUCUUCCUGCGCUUCCUUAACUUGCUCAUGAACGACGCCAUUUUCCUGUUGGACGAAGCCAUACAGUACCUCAGUAAGAUCAAAGUUCAGCAGAUCGAGAAGGACCGUGGCGAGUGGGACAGCCUGUCCCAGGAGGCUCGCCGCGAGAAGGAGUCAAGCCUGCAGAUGUUUGGUCAGCUGGCGCGUUUCCACAACAUCAUGUCCAACGAAACCAUUGGCACUCUGGCCUUCCUGACCUCAGAAAUUAAAUCCCUCUUCGUGCAUCCUUUCCUUGCCGAGCGCAUCAUCUCCAUGCUCAACUAUUUCCUGCAACACCUGGUUGGCCCUAAAAUGGGAGCUCUGAAAGUCAAGGAUUUCAGCGAGUUCGACUUCAAGCCGCAGCAGCUCGUCUCUGACAUCUGCACAAUUUACCUAAACCUUGGGGAUGAAGAAAACUUCUGUGCCACGGUGCCCAAGGAUGGCCGCUCGCUCUUUGCCCAGACCGUUCGGGUUCUGAAGAAAAUCAACAAGCCUGGCAACAUGAUAGUGUCUUUCAGCAACCUGGCUGAGAGGAUCAAGUCUCUUGCAGACCGCCAGCAGCAGGAGGAGGAGACGUACGCGGAUGCCUGCGAUGAAUUCCUGGACCCGAUCAUGAGCACUCUGAUGUCGGACCCUGUGAUACUGCCUUCAUCCCGUGUCACCGUGGACCGGUCGACUAUCGCCCGGCACCUCCUCAGCGACCAGACGGAUCCUUUCAAUCGGAGCCCCCUCACCAUGGACCAGAUCAGACCAAACACAGAGCUUAAAGAGAAGAUCCAGCGGUGGCUUGCGGAGAGGAAGAAGCAGAAGGAGGAGCUGGAGGGCGCCCUGAACUGAAAACCAGGAUCU